CAGUUAACCUCGCGGAACAUUUCCUCUCAUUUCAGUCCUGCCUUUGAAAAGUACGGUACAUGUUCGUGACUACACCGGUGCGCGUCCGAUUUUACGGUAACUACGCCAUCAGCGAUAUCAAGCGACACAAAGUUUGGGUAUCUAAGGCUGGCUCUGUCAUGCUCCCCGCCCAUGCAUUCUGCGAUGGGAUGGGAUCAUUUGAGAUGGAGGGCGAUCCACCCGAACAGUGGUUGCUCUGUGGUGCUACCGUUAACGUUGGGAGAGGAAAGACAGAUUGAUUUGACUUGUUACGAUUGCUGUGGUUGGGUGGAAGGAGCUUUGCAGUCGAUAUCAUACCGGUACCACCGAGUAGUACCAUAUCGUUCGAGUGUGCCAUGAGAGCAGGAGGCCGGAAGAAUCUGCAUCACCCCCAACAUGCCCUCAACCAAAGUGAAACCACCACGAGCAGUGGGGUGGCGGUCCAUGGAAAGACGGGCGGUAUGGCUCUGAGCGCCUUGUCGUUGAUACAGCGAGGCAAUGAGUAUUUCUUUUCCGAUUGCUACUUGGAAGCCACGGGGUACUACUACCAAGCUGCCAUGCUGUUGAAAUCGUUCAAAGGGCACAAGCCCGAACGAUCGAAAGCUUGGUCGAAUGUGGCAGAGUGUCAUUUACGACUUCAGAAUUGGCAAGCAGCAGAGGAUGCAUCCACCAACGCCUUAGUGGCGGAUCCCUCCAACACAAAGGCGCUAUAUCGUCGAGCCAAGGCUCGCUUUGAGUUGGCUGACUACGUAGGGGCUGCCAAAGAUGCUGAUGCUGUAGGAACACAAGAAUCACACGAUGUGGCUGCUUUGUGUCGAGAAUUGGCGCUUGCCCAGACACAUGGUAAUGGUAGUCCGCAACCAGCAGCCAGAGGGGGUCAUCAACAACAACAUCAUCAGAGCCAUCGCCCAAGAAGGGAAUCGUCCAAAGAACGAACAGUGCUCACCUUGGAAGAACGCGAGCUUUGGUUCCGACGCAUCAUUGACAGCUAUCGCCUCCGAGUCGACGACGAAUACACACAAACAGGAGCUUCCGAUGCCGGGUGCUUGUAUGGAAUUCGAGCAAAGGGAGGGAUUCAGUCGCCACUAAAUCACUUUCAGUCAUAUGUUCAGCGAGCUGUCAAGAAACGAGUGCUCCCUGUCUGGUUUACGCUUGGUGAUAUGGGCGAUUUGUGUCGCAUGGCAACAACUGACAGUUUUUCCAACAUCAACAUUGCAGUCGUCCCAGAAGAAAUUGUUCAAUUCUAUGAUGAGCAAGCGGAAGGUUCUGGUCACGACGAGGUACAAGAAUUGCGCAAUCUUGCCGUUUAUAUUGAAGGGCCCAUUGGUAUGCCUUGGGCUGACAGUAGCGCCAGUAGUCACCACCACAACACCAAAAGCAAGAACAACUUGCCUACCGAGAAAAAGCCACGCAGGAAAAAGAGUCUCCCAAGAGUCAUCCCUGAGCCUGGUUCUGGUGGUAAGGGCGAAUCCUUUGAUAAUUUGUAUGACUUGGGCAGGGCACUGCCGUCCUAUGGUGUUAGACAAAGUGGCCAUGCAAAGUCUCAUCGCCAUGCCGAUACCAACAGAUUUGGGAUUGACCAACCGUUGACACCCCAGCGAAGUCCUGUGCAGAACCGCCACUACGUUACCGGCAACAAGGGGGGAAGCCGAUACCAGAAGCUUCAGAGAAGUACUAGCGAUACGAGGGUACCACGUGGGACGCCCAGCACGCCGAAAGCCAAUAAAAGGCACAUGCAUGUCAGUAGUAAGGGCGUCGUGGGCGUCUAUCAUCAAAGUCCGUAUCAACAACGCGAACCGAAGCGAGGUCGAAGCAUCGAGCGCCAUAUCCGCCACCCCACACCGCAGCGAGGCCGCUCCUUCUCUCCACUCCGUGAUAGGAGAGACCCGUUACGAGUAAUGGCGCCAUCUUCACCUGCAUGGGGAUAUCAGCAGCAAAUGCAUCAUCCAGUUGGCGCUCCACCCUACAUAGUCCCAUCCAAGAACAAGCGGUCUCCAUCACCAAUGCCGAUCAGCGAUGACAGCGAGUCCACCCCGUCAGAUUCGUUUUCGCCUCAGCUUUACUACCAGAUGUCGAUGCCGUCAAACUUGAGGCGCUCAUCGAGCGAAUUGCGUCGCCAUCAAAGCAAGUUCCAUGGGGGGAAACAAGAGCUUUUUGGGGGAUUCUACAGCCAUGAAGACUCCAGUACUGCCCAGGAAGUGAGGCACGGCUUUCUACGAAACAACAGUAACCGGGACGAGUUCAGCGAGCUGACAGACCUUUCAUCAUCGUAGGAAGAAGGCGGAGCUGCUCUUGUUGUGGGGAUGGCUGUGUGGCUUUGCUUCGCUAUUAGAGUCAUAGUGAAUACUCACAGAUGUGGGUACCGUUGUACAUGUAGAAGAUAGCAUUUUAAAAGUUGGCUGAAAUUCCAACUCUACAGGCCGAUGUUGAUCGAGGCCAGCAGAACUAUUGAUAAAGAAACAACCCAAGACCCAACUGAUGAAUGCGACGACCAAGCUUCCGACGAGGCGUCUGUUGUAUCUCCCGCAAAUGAUUCCCUGGUUACAGCGGGGCACUCUGAUACUUUUACCGGGACGCCAGCAGCGAACCGACAGAAUGUCUCCCUACCAUCAGGUCGAUUCUGCAUUCCAGGAUAUUGGUCGCCAUUCACGAUGUUUUGGCAGGAUUCAUCGUAGUCCCCAUGAUAGCAAGUCCCAGUUUCUUCAUCACAGUAGCUCUCUACAGCCCAACCAGGCAUAUUGCACCCAUUGUAUUGGCAACCGAGCGUACAUUCGCUCGUGUGGGGUACAUUGGAUCUCCAAUCUGUACAGACUUCCCAAGGCUCAUCAUCCUCAUGCAAACCAACCAUGUGACCUCGGGGGAAGGUUCCUCCUUCGAUGGCUGUCAGUUGUGCUUGUACAUCGCUUGUUCUGGCCUUCAUUGUAGGCAAGAGUGGAAAGCGCCCUGUAUUCCAUUCAGCUGCAUCGGGUGACAACUCCUCCUCGAAGUAUGCUCCAUAUGUGCCAAAAACGUCCCCCGCGGCAAAGACGCGAAUAUAGUUCACAUGCGAUGUCAUUUGCUCAACCAAGCUUGAGCUGCCAUACACAUUGUUCACAAAGUCCUUGACAUAGCCGAGAUACUGCUUGUGCAGGUCUGGCUCUGAAAGGAGAGGGCCUACCAGAGGAUUCUCCUCCAGAGACCGGCAGGUAGGUCGGGUGAUGCUCCAGUGUACCAGGCGUUCGUUACAGACUUCGACCGGGCAAUGCACUGGGUACGGAUAGUUGAAGUCUAACCAAAGAUAGUGAAAGAAUGAGCCAGCACCACUGAAGAAUCGAAUCCUUGUUGAAACUCUUUCUGUAAAUUCACGUACCAUAAGCUUGCAACUUCCAGCCUUUACCAUCUCCUGUCUGAACCAAGUAGUAGUUGUGUCCAGGACCAAGAGGAGAAUCCUGACCAAGUGUAACCGC